AAGAGAACUCAUCGCUUGAAUCACAGAGGAGUGUACAAGGGCAUGAGCCAAGAGCUGAGGACUAUGACUUCUGUAGAUAGUUCAUAAACCGUCAGUGUAUCACCUCUCUACGUGCACUCAGCGUUACUGUAAAUAUUACACUAACAUUUGACGCUUUAUAUAUUAUAUUCAUCCAUAUAGACGGGAAGAGAAUGGCAUCGAUUUUGCUCCGCAGGUCUCGGACUUCUUUGCUGCAAACAUCUAGAUCAUUAAAGCACGAAUUCAGAAAAGGAAAGUUAGCAGAAAGCGCAUGCUUUAACUGCACUGCACUUAGGUUAGCCACAAACAGCAGUCCUGGUGUUCUUGGAGGCAGCACCUGGCCCCAUGCCUCAUCUGUCCUGUACCUUGACAGUUCAUCUGUUCUUCAGCAGCGCUUGUCCAGGUCACCUCGCCUGUACUGUGCCACCUUAGUACGUGACCCUAUCCACACCCACUCCACAUACCUCAGGACGCUAGCCUGGCCACAGAACACCCCAGUCCGGUGGGUACAUACAACAGGCCCCCUUCAUGAUGAUUCAAAAGUAGAGCGUUCUUUACGUUCACUGAAGGAUCGGAAUAAAAAGCUUGAGGAGGGUGGACCGGUGUACAGCCCAACGGUAGAUGCCAAACCUGUCCGUCUGACAAUAAGCCAACGUGUGAUUGACGAGGUGAAGCACUACUAUCACGGGUUCCGUCUAUUGUGGAUAGAAACGACUAUCGCUGUUCGGAUGCUCUGGAGGGUGCUGAAUGGGCACAUUCUGUCACGCCGAGAGAGGAGACAGUUCCUGAGGACGUGUGCAGAUGUCUUCCGGCUUCUGCCCUUUCUGGUCUUUAUCAUCGUUCCAUUUAUGGAGUUUCUGCUUCCUGUUGCACUGAAACUUUUCCCAAAUAUGUUGCCAUCCACCUUUGAGACACAGUCCAAAAAGGAGGAAAGACUAAAGAAGGAGCUGAGAGUGAAGUUAGAGAUGGCCAAGUUCUUGCAGGACACAAUCGAGGAGAUUGCACUAAGGAACAAAGCAGCCAAAGGAAACGUGACCGAGGAGUUCUCCACUUUCUUUCAGAAGAUCCGAGACUCUGGAGAGAGACCCAGUAAUGAGCAGAUCAUACGUUUCUCUAAGUUGUUUGAGGAUGAACUGACCUUGGAUAAUCUGACACGACCGCAGCUGGUGGCUCUGUGCAAGCUGCUGGAGCUGCAGUCCAUCGGCACCAACAAUUUCUUGCGCUUUCAGCUCAUCAUGAAACUCCGAGCCAUCCAUGCAGACGACAAGAUGAUAGCAGAGGAAGGAGUGGACAGUCUGAAUGUGACCGAGCUGCAGUCAGCAUGUCGUGUGAGAGGGAUGAGAGCUCUGGGUGUGACCGAGGAGAGACUGCGAGAACAGCUUAAACAGUGGUUGGAGCUGCACCUCAAUCAGCACAUCCCCACAUCUCUGCUCCUGCUGUCCCGAGCCAUGUUCCUGCCAGACACGCUGUCCCCUACAGACCAGCUUAAAACCACACUACAGAACCUGCCAGAGAUUGUGACUAAAGAGGCUCAGUUGAAGGUAGCAGAGCUGGACUUCUCUAAAGUGGAUAACAAAACCAAGCUGGAGGCCACGCUACAGGAAGAGGCAGCUAUCCAACAGGAAAACAGAGAGCGGGAGCUGGAGAGACUGGCGGAUGCAGCAGAGAAAGAAAAGGAGCAGGCCGCACGGGAGGCUGAGGUGGUGGAGAUGGAAGCAGAACAACGUGUGGAUGCAGAACAUGCUCUCUCCAGUGUAGACGUGGCCAUCCAUUCAGAAAAACUACGAGAUACUGCACCGGUGCUGGAGGGUAUUAAGGGAGAGGAGAUCACUAAGGAAGAGAUUGACCUGCUGAGUGAUGCCUGCACCAAACUGAAGGAGCAGAAGAAUCUCCUGACCAAAGAGAAAGAGGAGCUGGAGGACCUGAAGGAUGAUGUGCAGGAGUACAGCGAGGACCUUGAGGAGAUCAAGCGAGAGCUGUCCAAAACGGGACAGGAGAAAGUGGUGAAGGAGUCUAAAGCAAGUCAGCGUCUGUCGAAGCGGGUCAACCGCAUGAUUGGCAGGGUGGAUAAGAUCAUCAGUGUGCUGGAGAAGGACAAGAUGAUGCUCGACGGACAGAUGGACAGCGGGACCACACCACCGGUUGGAUUGUUCUUUGAGAAACAUAGUGACUUGCCAAGGGAGAAUCUAAUAAGCAUCAACGAGCUGAUUGGAGUCAUGAAGCAGAUCCAGAACAUCCCUGAACACAAGCUGCUCAGCAUCGCAGACGCGCUCGACGAAAACAAAGACGGCAAGAUAGACAUCGAUGAUGUCUUAAAGGUGGUAGAGCUGAUCGAUAAGGAGGACAUCGAUAUCUCCACCAACCAGGUGACAGAGAUCAUGGUGAUGCUGCAGAAAGAGGAGAAGCUGCUGGAGAAGGAGAAAGCCAAGGAGAAGGUCGAGAAGGAGCAGGCAGCUAAAAUUCAAAACUAGACCCUCCGUGUAGGGAAUGGAAAAGAUCCUGAAGAUUUUCAGGUUCAUUAAUAUGUGUUAAAACGCUUCAGAGUGAGACUAAAAACAGUGCUGAUGUCCCAUAUGGAUUUAAGUGUGUAUAUUCAGAACAAAGAACAAACUUUGCUUUGUUCAAAUAAGACUGUUGUAUAAUGAAUGAAGACGUUUACUUGUUAAUAACAUUACAGAAGUCAAGGCCCAUGGAGCCCCAAACAUGGCAAACAGAAAAAAAUUGAAUAUUUGUUCCCUUGUUUUAGGUAAAUAAUACACACAGUUGAGCGAAAUGAAAAGGAGUGAACGAAAUAUGGUCAAAAUUUACCUAAGAGGGAACAAUGAAGUCAUGUAAACGAACUCUUAAUUCAUGGCCAUCAUAUCUUUAAUUAGUCCAGUUCGAGGCUUCAUGAAUUCAGAGAUAAAUUUUAAAAGAAUAUUUGUUCAUGAAUUCUCAAAAAGACCCUCAUAAAGGUGGAGUGUGUCAUUUCUGGCACAAAGCAAACUGUUUGAGUGGACUUGUUGAGCUGGACAUAAUAACACCAGUGCAACCAAUUACACGAGUUUGGGGUGGCAGUAUCCUUGUGUCACUGAAAUUGCGCACUUCAUCUGUAAGAUGCAAAAAUGUAUUCAUGAAAAACAAAACCUUUUAUUAUUCUCCUAAUCUCACAUCCUAGCAGUGAUGUCAUUUCCUGUGAUCUGACACAAUCUCCUGUCUUUGCACAUCGCCAUUAUUCCACUUCUCAUCCAGUUUUAUUCUGUUGUAUUUUUAUUUAUUUUAUUUUUUUAUUCAGUUCAGAAUCUUCGUGAGAUCCUUGAAUGUCGCUCAGAAGAUGUCGAUAUCUCGCCCAAGUUUAAUCAAUAACCAAAGAAGCUGAUGUUAAGCUUGUACAUACACAUUCAAGCCACCAAGCACUGCUGCUUUUGUCACACAGCAAAUGUCUGAAGUAAUAUUGCAGCACUUGAGCUUUAUUCAGGGCAGAAGAUUUUGUUCUGACUUGAAGAUGGUGGCUAAGACGCAUUCAGUUUUUGAUGUUUUUUCAUUUAGCUUUUUAGUUUACAUUUACAUUGUGGCCUUAGUAAUCAAAUUAUCUUGCCCAAUGUAAGAUCAAGGGAUGAAAUUGAGAUAAUAUAGCUAUAAUAAUAUUAUCAGUUCAUCAGUGCUUGUAUUUGCAUUGUACACUAGCAGUACCUUUCUGUGCAGUGGGCAUUUCUGUUAGCUAGCUUGGGUUAAAAAUAGAUCAAAUGUGUUUGUGAAUAUUUGUGUGUGUGAAAGAGCUCUGCUGGGUAUCUGAAAGAGAAACGAUGGAGGUCAGUGCAGACAGAAUCAGGGUACGGCUCAUACUGACAAUAUGUGACCAGGAUGAUCUCUCACUCCUUACAUGGAGAGAGCGGCAGCAGAUGUUCUCUUAGCAGAGCACCUAUAAGAAUCGGCAUGAGACUCAAACUCAAAGUUUCACGGGGCACAUAAGGCAGGGAAUGCAUCAUCUUAACCCUAAACAUGUCAGCGAGGUACCAGCAUGUCUAAUCUCAAAACACUGUUUCUGUGCUGUGUCUCAGACAGAGUCUGGGUGCCUAUUUCACAUUGUGUCCUAUUAAAAGGACAGUUCACCCAAAAAUGAAAAUUCGGUCAUUAUUUGUUCACCCACCCUUUAGGUUGUUCCUAACCUGUAUGAUUUUUAUUUUAUUUUAUUUCGUAACACAAAAUGAGAUGUUUAGCAGUAUGUUCACACUACUAUUUUCCAUACAAUAGAAACAAGUCAUAAAUGUUUAAAGUCACGUGAGUGUAAGUAAAUGAUGACAGAAUUUUCAGUUUGGGGGUGAACUGUCUGUAAUUUACAGAGGGGACACCUAAAUUACAGUAACAACAUUUAGGCUUAUUUUUUUAUGAAUUAGUUUUACUAUAUCGUAUGAUAGAAAAAGUUAAUGUCUGAGUGUGUUUUUGUUACAUUUUUUAAAGAGCAAGUAUUUUAUGCUGAUGUGUAAUUGCACUAUAAUUAUAGAAAGCUUUAUUAUUAUUAUUUUCCCAUUUUUGGCUUGUCGAUCUAGACUCAGGAAGAUGCAUGUCAUGUCUGUGUUUGCACACAGAGGGAGAUAUUUUGAGGAAAUGCACUUGAAUUUUUUGUUUUUGUUUGAUGGAACGAAGUAGAAAGGUAUAAAGUUACCUUGCUUAUUCUGUUUUGUUUUACAAAUAAUUUUAUUAUUUGUUUUAAUUGAGUUCUCAGAUUAAUUUCUAAAAGAUGUGCAUGUGCACACAUAAGUGACCACAGAUGGAAGGGAGUAAAGACAUGAUGUAAUUGCCCUUGGAAACUAAUUUACUGCUUAAGCUAAUUUAAACAGAAGUGAUUUAUUGUUUUCCCCUUAUUAAAGCCUGUACAUUGUGUAUUUUGUGAUAUUUUCUUGACUAUCCUGUAUUUUAGAAAGGUUCAAAACCCUAAUACUGUUAUGCUGGUUAACUUGUAGACUGAGUAAUUGGUUGAAAUGAGAGUGAGAUGCGCAAAAAUGUUAUUGAAAACCAGUAUGACUUAAAAUAGGAAUUGUAUUGUUCAUACGACCUAUGUAAAAAUACUUAUUUACAUUCAAGUGGUUCCAAAGUCAAAUAAAAUGAACUGAUCUUUAAAGUGUA